CGGAGGCGGUGCAGGGCCCGGGGCAGCGCCGGGGCAGGCCCGCCGCGCACACCGCCGCCAGCCCGCGGCCGGGCGCCCCGCUCCGCCGCUGCUGCCGGGGAGUACCGUGAAGAGAGGAGGAGGAGAGGGGGUGUGUGCGCGGGCAGCCCCGAUGGCCAAGCAGCCCCCUGAAGUGAAGGCGCAACGCGACGGCGAGGGCGGGCGGCUGCCGCCGGCGGCGGCGGAGGGGCCGGGCCCGGCCGCGCAGCUGCGCCCCGGCGCUCCCGCCGCCUUGCCCGGCUCCGCCGCCGCCGCCACGGCGGGGCCUCCGCCGCGGGGCCCGCCCGCCAGCCCCGGGCCCUUCGCCACCCGCUCACCCCUCUUCAUCUUCGUGCGGAGAUCGCCGCUGCUGUCGCGCUCCUCCAGCGGGUACUUCUCCUUCGACGCCGAGCGCAGCCCCGCACCCCUCAGCUGCGACAAGGCCACGCAGACCCCCAGCCCGCCCUGCCAGGCCCUCAGCCACUGCCUCAGCGCCAUGGCUUCCCGGUGGCAGUCUCACUCGCUAGCAGAAGACGUACAGCCUGAAAUCUGGAUUGCACAGGAGCUGCGGCGAAUCGGAGAUGAGUUCAAUGCCUCCUAUUGUCCAAGAAGGGGUUUCUUGGAUAACCAGGUGGGAAACCCCCAGAUCGUCAUUUUGCGCCUCCUGCGUUACAUCAUCCGUCUCAUCUGGAGGAUGCAGUGAGCGCCGGCUGCAUCCCAAUGUGCAGGAACUUGCUUACUCGUUGGGAAAUCCCAGGGAGGACGG